GAUUGUAUCUGCAAAUAGAUACAUUUCUGUGUGCCCUUCUCACCAUCUCGGGUCCCUCAUUAUCAGAAGACACCACAUCCCCGGGGCCGCAGAGAUACCGUUUAAUUGUGCGAACUGCUGCAGAGGCAGUCAGGAGAAAAAUCAACAGAGGACCAGGCAUUUCCAUAAAUUCUGCACAACUUUUUCCCACAGCAAAUUCGCCACUGUGCACUAAAAAUCUGUCGAGUGUUGGUGUUUUUUGCCUGCUGGAAAAGUUCCUCGUCGAAAUAAAGGGACGCGCGAAAGGGAGGUCCGACCAGGUGAAGUUGAGCCCAAUAUGAAUGUUAGAUUAAUGUGAAAGUAAAGUGUCUGGAAGGUCAGAUGACUUUCAGUGUUUUCCAUACAUUUUUCAUAGUGGUGUGUUCAUAGUGGAUUUCCUCUCUUGUGCAGCAACUCCAGAAAAUUGCUGUGAUGCCUCGUGGAAAAUUAAUCAGCAUUUAGAAUUGGGAAUUGCAAUCGGCCACUGGUGAGUGGAUGAAUGAAUUCGCCAGAGGACCACCGCGUCGAGACUCUGCGUCUGAAGUGAUUAAGAAGAGCAUCCGGAGGUCCUGGACAAUCUCAAGUCCUCAGAACGAAUAUUUGCCUCAUAUCCGAAACGGUGCUGAAUAUAGGAACUACUCGAGUUUGCCACCCAGCCAAGAGAUAAGCAACUAUCCAUCUCUCAUGCAACAUCAACUGUCAGCUCAAAUGCAGUUCAGCGGUGAUAAAGCUCAGGACUAUAUCGAUGAUGUCAAUUAUCAAGAUGUACCGCAGCAGCGGAGAAUACUAAGACAAUCCACGUUGCCAAAUCCCGAGGUGAACAAUUACUUCGGGAACAACAAUCUGCUGCCGCCUGGCUCGCCCAAGCAGCAACUCAGUCCGCAAUACAGUCCCUAUAACACAGACAAUGAGAACAUGAUGGACCUGUCGGACCAGGAGGUGCCGCCCGCCGCGGCACCGCCGCCGCGAUUCACAAUUAGACGCCAAUCGACGCUCCCGUGCCGGCCAAACGAACACCACGCCUCAGUUAAGUACUCAUCCACGAGUCCCAGUCGCAGUUUCAGCCGAUCGCCCGAGAAGAGCGACUCGGACCAGCCGCGAUGCCCACCCUUCAGAAGACAAUCAACCUUUCCCUCCAACUCUUCCGAACAACUCUACCCGCCCCAUCAGCAGCGUCCCAAACUCCUGCCCACAUCGCCCAGCCGACUCGUGUUCUCUAAGUCCCCGGACAGCUCGGGCGAGACCACGGAGCAAGCUGUGCGCUAUCAAAUGAUGAGACAAUCCACUCUGCCCAAUCCUGAGCAGCACAUGAAGUUGCUGCCGACGUCGCCACCGAAGAAGCAACUGUCGCCACAGUACAUGAAGCGAUCCCCAGAAUUUGCUCGGCAGAACACUCUCCCCAAUCCUGAUACUAUGACUUCCCUGUCCAUUCACCACGGCGCUAAGUUUCUUCCUAUUUCGCCGCGCCAGAAGCAGAACUUCCUCUUCCCGCAGCCACAGCACCCGAGACCUUUCCUCUCACAGCAGAACUUCCCCACUAUGGAGGAUCAGGGCUCCACCCAAUCCAUCGCCCAUCGCGAUCAGUCGAAGAUGAUCAAGGUGCGAAGUCACAGCAACGAGGAGUACAGCAACUCGAGGUCGUUCGCGCCACCCGAGGGUCGGCGCCUGCUCCCUGAGAUCCCCACUCGCCGGUCUCCCAGGGUAUCACCCAACAACUCUCUUUUCAGGCUAGUACGCCAAGAGCACGUCAAGGAGGAUCUCAUUCGAAGCAAUUCGGAGCAGAGAUCCCCCAUCAAACGUACCUUUGCAGAGGCCAAGCAGAAUCUCAUGGAGUCAUUCGAUGAGGCCUCCACGGGGCCCUAUGGCGAGACUCCGCCUCGCUACUCCGACUAUCCCGAUCACAGGCAGAUGUAUCUGGAGACGGAUGAGACCUACUUAGAGACCGCGUACGACGACUACGAGUCUGGCGAGCAAGGACGGUAUCAAGAUGAAGCGAAAUGCUCGGAAGAUAAGACCAAGGCGGUAAGGAGUGCUGGUCAUCCAGUACGGUCAACCGAGAGUUUCCUCAAUGACUCCUCGCCGGAGUACUUUCACCCAGACGAAUACAUCAGAACGGUGAAAAAGGAAAGAACACGCCGUAGGCGAUCGCGUGAAUUGAUUGAGCUCGAAUUGAUGAUGUCGUCUAACGAUGAGGAACCGGUAAGACCCAAACCAGAGACAAUGCGGUCAAUUAGCGAGGAUUCUGGAACACGUCCCGUUAAACCUGUUACCAGAAGGUCUCUUUCACAUCCUGAAAGGGGAGACGGCCAAAUCUUCAAGCGAUCCGAUACUGUGAAAGUUCCUAGCCCAAAGCCUCUGGCUGACUUGCUGGAGAAGCAGAAGAAGGAGAAACUAUCUAAGCUGCCAUCACCUCGUCGUAAGAAUUACAAAUCCCUCGAUUUGCCGGACUCAACACUAUCAGCCCCGAAGGCGGUUCCGCUGCAGAAGCGAGAUUCGCGCAGCCUGGAAGCUGUAAUGAAGACGGCGGCAAUGAGUGAGCGGCUGCGAAAUGCACUCGACGAUAACAAAUCCCAGUCGCUGGACGAGGGCAUUUUUAACGAAUCCGACGAGCGGAAGGCGAGCAUCUGUGAUGAGGAGAAGCGAAAGCUGCCAGAGCACAAAACAACAUUGGGCGAAGCAGAGAUUCAGAGCGCUGUUGAGGCGGCAGCCGUGAUUUUCAAGAAGGUCGUUCUCCAAAGACGCAACGCCAAGAAGGCGGCCGAGGAGGGAGGUGACACAUGUUCCGGACCGCGAAACAGGAAAUCCUCCCUCAUGCAGGAUGAUAUAUCAGACUAUGAGAAUUGCAGUGGCCUGAAGAUGCUCUACCCUGACACGGAUGAGUACAAAUUGGUGUUCAUAAGCUCAGAUUCGUCCAGCAAGGAGGAGGAGUUCGAGGAUAGCAGCUCCACGACCAGCUCAAUCAACACGAGACAUAGCUUUUCGCUGGAUGACUGUGACUGGGACUAUUUUGAGCCUGGUGUGGGCAGCAGGGCGAUUUUCAGGGACUUCUCAGUUUCCCCCUUCGAUUCGCCCAGCGUGAGGAGGAAGCACUUUAAGAGCUCUCCAAUGACUUCGCCAAUAUUCUACAGACGGGGCCUCACUGAAUCCCCCUUUAUGAUGAGACAGAGGCUCAGGGAGAGCGACACAGGGACGGAUGAGGAGCUCCUGGCGCACGCAGAGAGCUCGUCACCCACAAGUUCUGAUGGAUUUAUGAAUCAGGAGCUGGUCUUCAUGAGGAAUCACAACAGGAAGACGUGGUCCGAGUGCAGCGAUAAGGCGAAGAGCACGAAGAAGGAGUGCACAUGUGGAGGGACGACGGUCUUUGUCCCUAUUCCCGUCCUCAUUCCACCCAACUGGAAUCCCUCAGACUUGCUGGUGCAGCCCGAGGAGGUGGAGGAUUCGCUGGCAAAGCAGAAGCUGAAGGCUAUUCAGCAGCGCCAGGUGGACAUCUUUCAGCUGUGGAACAGUGCGGCGCUGGUGCACCAGCAGAAGGGCGAGGGAGAGACAGAUAGGCAUGAAACACAAGCACACAGAGCCGAGGGAGGCACCACAAGUGCGUCUGGUGUGUUUCGCAACACCGAACCCGGUCAGUGCGAUCGCAGCGAAGGCAGUACCGGUCCGACCGUCGAAGACUCAACAGCAGAGUCCAAAGCCGAGGCCCAAGAGGCCACUGAAGCGCGAGAUGGUGACGCGAGUGAUAAAGUGUUAACUCGCGAUAUUGUCGAGUCUGAUAAGGCCUUAUCGCUUGACGCUAAGCAGCGGAAGGUCACGAGGGACGCAGGGAGAGAGACACCUGCGGAAGGUGAUUCAAUUAGUGAGAGUGCCCAGACAGUGGAUGAGAGUGAAUCGCGCGACAAGGACAUGUUAUCCGUGGGCAAACUCGACACGCACGCGAGUGGGUAUCUGCAGUCGGAGAGCAUGUUCUCCUCCAGUGACUCUGACUCAUGCGACAGCGAUGAGGUGCGCAAUUUGGGGCCCAUCCACCGCAGUUACAACGUCACGGGGGAUGCCAGUGACAAUGAGGGUGACGGUGGAGUGAGUGAUGUGGGCCAGAGCGAUGGGAGGCACUCUGUGAGUAGUUCGGCACGCGAAGACCCCAGCUCUUCGGAAACGGAAGCCACAGAUAGUGAUGACACGGGAACUGUGGCGGAUCGUCGGCCCAAGUCAAAGAGAUUUUCGCGGGUGUUUGUGGUAAACAGGCGGGAUUCCUCGUCAGACUCCCAGAGCUCGGAUGGCGACACUGAGGAUUCCUCGGAUAAUGACACAGACACUGAAAAGGAUUGUGGGAUUAUCUUGAAUUACGUGAAAGAGAUUCCUGAUCAGGAGGAGGGCAGUGAAUCCAGUGAAUCUGACAGUGAGGAGAGUGAGAGUGAGCCAGAGGAAAUUAAUGAGGCGGGGGAUAAUUCUGUGAUACUGAAUUAUAUCCGGUGCCUGGAGGACGACGACAAUGACGAGACUCCGCGGAAUGUUGUUCUCAACUCUGUGAAGUUCUUCAGUGAGGAUGAAGUGUCUCCCCUGCUGGACAGCCUUGAGCCGCGCGAAGUCGGCGCGCAGAAUGCCAAUGAGGAGCCUCUGAGUGAGUCGGAGAGUGACUGUGCAGUGUCAGAGCUCGCCAGAAACUCUCAGACUGAUAAUAUUGCACAUGUGGCUGAUACAGAGCGCUCGGCCAGUGUCGCCAGUGCUGUGGCUGCGGUCGAAAGUGAAUGUUGUGCUGAAGCCAGUUUGGCGGGCGAUGAUGGAUCGCAGAGGUCGAGUGUCGCGAUAAGUCAUGAUUUGCCUGGAGAGGAUGAUUCCCAGAAACCACAAUUCGCGUCUGUGGUGGAGAAGUCCCACGGCGUGAGUGCAGAAACUAGUUUAGAACGGGAAGAGAUGGCAUGUGUGGAAACUGAAAGUGCAUCGAAUUCUCCACCAUCGGCACAGAGUGAUCGAGUCACAGACACAGCGACAUGCUCGGGUGAUCGCGACGCGAUCCCCACCACAGGUGAGAGCUCCGAACGCGACGAAGACACCUGUGAAAGUGGCGAAGGUGAUCGCGAUCGUGCAGUGGAGAGUGAACGGCCGAGCAGCACAGACGCCGCGCAAAAUGCUCCCGCGGGUGGGACAAAGUACACAAGUCUGGUGAUGAUCACGCAGGACACGCGGCCCGAGCCUGCAGUGAAUAUCGUUGCCACGGACACCACGCGGAUUGUGUCGGACGAGGAGUCUGAGGUGAUUGUGCAGCACACAAACUCCCAGGAGGAUGAUGGGUGCAGUGAUAACUCCCUAGCGGGCUACUUUAUGCGCGCACUGGGCGAGGAUGUGCCAAAAGAGCCGCGCCGGCGCCCCGUGAAGAUUGUGAACAGUGAGGAUCAGGACAAGUGCAGUGACGGUGAGGAGAAGAUGAGUGCCAGUGCGAUUAAGAGUGAGAGUGACGUCACCGUGGUUACGGGCGCGAAUACAUUAUCGGCGGUCAUCAGCCUAGAAGAGGGCCUGGCGGAUGAUGACUCUUGGGUGGAGGAGAUCAGCAACAAUGAUGAUGAGGAGUUUGGCGGUCACACUGCCACGGACUCGGAUAUGGACUCGGGUGAAGAGAUCACGCUAUCGUCCACGAUAGACCGUGAAGAGGAGCUCCGCGGGUACAAUCGCACAGCCAUCGACUUCACCCUGCACACCAUCGUGGAGGAGAGCUGCGAGGAGAGUGAGGUGGAGCAGUCGAGCAUGAAGAACAAGUAUCGCGUAUCGGCGUCAGAUCUGGAAAAGUACUUCUUUUACGGGCUGGGCGAUGGGAAGCCCAGUGCUGCGCCGGAGAAUCGCGAAGAUUCCCUAUCGGAGAGCAGCAGCAUUUGCAGUGAAGGCAUGGAUUCCCUCGGUGGACCCGAUGAUCAAAGUGUGGAGCCCAAUCCGGCGGCGGAUUUGACGGCAUCCCGCCUCGAAAAGUAUUUCCUUUCCGGCUUCAUGGGCUUCUCGGCUGAACAGGCAGACUCCGAUGGUAGUGGCAGUGUGGGCAGCGAUAGUGAAGGCAGACCGAGUCCUGAGCAACGGAGGAAGAAGCUGGUGAGGGCGAGAGGAUCUGGCAGAUCUCACAGCUCUUCCUUGGACAAUCUGCUGGCCAAGGAAGACAGUGCUGGUGACCCGCAGAUCAUCAACGACACAAAUGAUUCGAACGACUCCUCAGAGACGGACACCUGUGAUGAGAAUACUCUGACCACGGACAAGCCCGAUGGUCAGAGUGACACGAUGAAAAGGAAAAAACAGGGCAAAAAGCGAUUGGAUGAUCCUAAAGAGGAGAGUGACUUGUCUGAUGAGGAAGACAGGAAAACUCCCCAGCCAGAAUUCCUCUUGCCGCCCAAUAAUCUCGUGCAAUCCCGGAAGCAACACAGUCGCGACAGUGGCUUUGUCGGCAGCAAUGAUGACCUCCUCAAGACUGACGACUCCCUGAAGUCGGAGCUGAAGGUGGAAUUGGAGGAGAUUGAAGAGGAGAACAGGGCAGAGAUGAAGGAGACUGAGAGCUCAGAAAGUGCCACAAAAUCAACACCGCCAUCCGUGACGCUGACGCGGAAGGACAGCUUCAACAAUUGGAGUUCUGAUGAGGAAACAAAUGUGAUGAUGUCGAGGAUGAGGCAAUUCUUCAAGACGCUCGUAGCGGCGAGUGCCAAUGCCCAGAGUAUGUCCACAAAGGCAGCCCCCACCACGCUGGCGGAGAUGUCUGGUGAGUCACCAAAGAGUGGCACGCCGGUGGCAAAACCGCGGAACCGUAGCAAACCACCGCAAUUGGUGUACUUUGAGAGCGAACUCACGAGGCUCAUGAAGACUGUGCCGGGAAUAAAUGAUGAGCAAGUGAGGGAGAUUGUUGAGUAUCUGAGCAGUGAGGACACUUGGUCGGAUUCCUACGACUCCUCAGACUACACGAGCUCAGAUUUGGAGGGCGCGGGGAAGAAGCCCAAGAAGUCUGAGCUGCAGGAGCAAAUCUCAGCCAGUUGCCAGCAGAUUAUAAAUAAAUUCGACAGCACUGUUGAUCACGAUGAGGAGGGCGAUCGAGGGGAUGGAGGACUGCUAAUCGGGGACACGCCUGAGAAUCAAGGACUGAACAGAGAGACUGCUUUUGUCUAUCAGAAGUUGGUGGCAUCUUUCUCAAAGAUUGCAGCCGGCGAGGAAAAGCCAGCUGCGACGGGAUCUCCGCCAAUCUUUGCAAAAGUUAUUCACCAUAUCGGCAGUCGGUUGGUGGCUUUGAUGCAUGAGGUGAGCAGCGGAGAGUCCCACACCAGCUCCUCUCCUCGUGGAGCAGCAUCUCGUCAUCACAGACGCCUUCAGGCGAAGAUUUCAGCCACCACGACGGAGGAUGACGAUAGCACGUCUGAUAGCGCUAUGGAGAAGCCGGAAAAGAUUACCUUUGCCCACCUGCCGCGCAGUAAAUCGCACGAUUUGCUUCUGGGCGAAUCACGACCGCCUCACCAUCAGUCAAGCAGCGGAGUCAGUGACACGGCGGCGGAGGAAAAGGAGGCCAGCGAUUAUGAGCGCUUUUCCUGGCGAGGGAGUUUUGAAUCCGCCCUUCUGGCCAACGGCGACUCCCGCACGAAGCUCACCCUGCUUGAUCACUCAUCAUCGGCCAGUGCCUUGGCCGCCAAAAGACGCUCCGCUGGGGAUCUGCUGUUUAACCAGAAGAGUCUCAGUCGCGAGCAGUUGGAUCGCGUGAGAUCAUGUGGAAGUAUAGGAGGUGGGAUGGACCACGAAAUCGAGGGAUCGAAGCUCUGGGGAUCGUCCACGAGCCAGAAGAGUGCCCGCCGACGCUCAAGUGUGCCAGAUGCCGCCUGCGACUCAGACAAUGACUCAUCUGAGGAUGAGCGGAGAUUCGCCACGCGCUCAACACUGCCACGAAGUCUGCAGACCACAACCUCGAGCAGCACCAACUCCCUGCCUCGGCUCUCCACAUCCAAUCUGACCAGCUCAUCGAAGCAGCACAGCGUCUACCACUUCCUGCAGAACAAUGUCAAGAGUGCGCGAUAUCGUGCUCCCGGCUUCACUCGUCCCAGUUCCGUAUCGAAGAAGGCCCUUGCGGCUCCUGGUGUGCAGCACCAAUCCCUGACGUCGAUGUACCAGCGCCGGGAUGGGCGUCGCAAGGUGCAAAAUGUUCACAGUGUCGAUGAAAACGCAAUUUCACCGGAAGCUGCACCAACACCGCCCGUGAACGUGGGCAAGAAUGUCAGGAGUGCAGGUCCAACUAGUCCUGCGGGAUCGCGCGGAUCCGCGUCAAGUGAUCCAUGGCCAUCGCAGUCGGACGAGGACAUCGAUCGUCUCGUGGCGCUGCACCAGAACAGGCACAGCCUCAGCUCGCUCGGGCUGCGAUCCGAUUCAAUGGCGAGUGUCUAUUCUGGGGCUGGAGAGGGUCGCUAUGGCACUGUGGUCGUCAAAGGCAACAUCGAGUUCGGGAUGCAAUACAACUACAAGCAGAACGCUCUCGAGAUUCACAUUGUACAAUGCAAAGAACUGGCGGCUGUGGAUGGCAAGAGGAACCGCAGUGAUCCCUACGUGAAGGUGUACCUGCUGCCGGACAAGUCAAAGAGCGGCAAGAGGAAGACGAAAGUGAAGAAGCACACCCUCAACCCCUUCUUCGACGAGGUGCUCAAAUUCCACAUGUCCAUCAGCAGUCUGGAAUCCCGCACGCUGUGGCUCACCGUCUGGCACUCGGAUAUGUUUGGCCGCAAUGAUUUUCUGGGCGAAGUGCUAAUCAAUCUACAGGGAAAGAUGUUCGACAAUCCCCAGCCACAGUGGUAUCAACUGCAGGAGCGGAGUGAACCAUUCGACGAGCCGGCAGCAUAUCGUGGUGACAUAAUUGUCGGACUGAAGUUUGUACCACCGGAUUCUGGCUACAAUUCUAGCGGCAGCAUGAGGAAGUUUAGCAAAUCCUCAAUCACGUCGCGCUCCUCGAACACCUCCACCAAGGGCCAACUGCACGUGCUGGUGAAGGAGGCGAAAAACUUGAUGCCAGUGAAGGCGAAUGGCACGUGCGAUGCGUUCUGCAAGAGCUAUCUCUUGCCGGAGAAGAGUCGCAGCUCGAAGCGCAAAACCGACGUUAUCAAACGAACUGUUAAUCCCGUGUGGAAUCACACAAUCGUAUACGAAGAUGUUACGCUCCAGGAACUAUCUGAGCGAGCCCUCGAACUGACGAUCUGGGAUCACGAUCGACUUGCCAGCAAUGAAUUUCUGGGUGGCGUGCGCUUCUCCCUAGGAACAGGCAAGCACUAUGGCAAGGCCGUGGAGUGGAUGGACGCUACCGGCAAAGAGCUCUCUUUGUGGCAGAGUAUGCUGAAUCGUCCCAACUUCUGGGUGGAAGGCUGUCUAGUGUUGCGCUCAUCAAUUGACACAGCACGCAACUCAUUAUAGUCACAAAGUGAUUAAUUGGUCAUUUUUGCGCGAGUUUUCGCUUUUGGAAUUUCUUGUUGAUAAUAUUGUGGGUUUUAUGCAGAGAAGGGAGUCUUUUUGAAUGAAAAAAAAACUGGUGUCAGUUCAAAGGCACCAGCAAUUGUACUCUUUAAAGUGGUGUUUUUCAACAUUGAAGAAUAUAAUAAUGGUUAAUUGAAGAGAAGUUUGAUAAGCGAAACACAUCUAUUAUGAAAUUGUUCACAUUGAUCGUGAAGUUUUCUUGUGAUCAAGAGUGAAUCUUUGCGGUUUUUCACCCUCGAGUCUAUUUUAUCCAUAGGCCCUUGAGGGAUGUUUUUAGCGGGACAGAUUUUAAUAAAGACAAGAAAGAAUUACACAACAUUUAAUGAAUGAAUUGAACUUUGGUGUUGAUAUUAGCCGUUUAUUGUGAAACAUGUGUUUCUGCACACAUAUAAACUGAUAAUAAUUCUAAAGUAAUUACAUGCAGAAAACUAUUUAUUGAAUAUCACACAGAGAGACAGAAAAAAGAGAAGAAUCAAGAGUUAUUGUGUAAUAGAGAAUAAAGCAAACAUUAUAUUCAAUGAAUUAUAUUCCUUGCAAUUUAAUCAACAGAUAAUAUUCUGAAGAGUGCAAAAGAGACACAACACAAAUGUUAAUAGAUCAUAUUUCUUCGAGAUUUGCCGAAAUGAACACUCACACGCUCUAGUGACAGAGAGAAUUGUUAGAUUUAACAGAGAAAGUACAUAUAAUAGUAAUAAAUACCAAGAACUCCUAAAUAGGUAUGCUUACAAUUCAAUAUGAUACGAAAUUGCCACAAUAAUAAUUAUUGUGAUUGCUUGACAUUCCAUUUUCUUGCGUAUUUUUGGUUUAAGUGAAAAUAUGAUUAAGAGAAGCAGACAUGUUACAUAUUUACUUUAUCAUAUUAACUAAGGAACUACUUGAAAGCACAAUUAGUCAACCAUUUAGUACGUCUGUGAGCAUCCAAAAACAAACUACUACUGCAAUUGUGUAUUUAUUGCAUUGCUAAUUAAGUAUAUAAUAUAUAUGGUAAUUUCGCAAGAAUCAAAAGAUGAAAGAUUAAAUCAUAAAUAUAGAAAAAAAAUAUAUUUUCACUUCCUGCAAUAAUAGUCACCCAAGGGAGCGACAUAGAUGCAAAAAGAAAGGAAAUUGACAAUGAAGCGUAGAAGAGAAUUCUUUGCCGUAAUAUAUUCUCCUUUAAGCUAUUUUUUCUUAUAAGAAAUUGUGUGUUGUAAUCGACGAAAAUAUAGGUUCUUUAGGACUUUACAACGUAGAAAACUUUUCUCUGUAUUGAAGGAAACUUUAGGAAUGUUACUCAAGUUUAAAAAAAAAAGUUGGUUUCACAUUCUACAUAAUAUUGUCGAUAGACUCGAUAUAGCGUUCUUUGAAAAGUUUUAGCAAGACGAUGAAAAAAGUGAGAAUUUGAGGCGUUUCAAAAGUGAAGAUGAAAUUUUUUUCGGAGUAUAAGAAACACACGAAACCUUCCACUAAAUCGUGAUACUAUUUUAUCUAUACAUAUUUACAUGCAUAUAUGUAUCUCUAUGAUUAAACUUAUAUACACAACUUAGAAAAGAAAGAAAAAAAACUCAUUGUAAUUUGUUUCUUUUUCAUCAAACAAGCAUAAUAAGAAGAGAAGAACCUUUUCUAUGCAUUAUAAAGCUUCGAGCAUUGAAAUGCGGUGCCCUUUCGAAAGGAAAAAUGUCUAUCGUUGAAGAGGAAAAACAAUUAGCGAAAGAGGAGAGAAGACAAUGCAUAUUGAUAUUAGUUCUUAAGAGUGUAUUUGAAUGAUAUACGGUAAUAAAAAAUAGAAAUUUUUAAUGAUA